AUGCAUAAUGUGAAAGUGACAAGUCUUACAAGUGGCCUUAUCCCAAUUCCAGAAAUUCCUCCACCGGAUUCUUAUUUUAUAUACAAUCCUAAAGUGCCAGGAAACAUGCCAACUCAAUCCCUGUUGGUGUAUAUGGAUGGACCAGAAGUUAUUGGCAAUCCCCUUGGCACCCAGAUGGAGCUAGAUGAUGCCGUGUCAAUAAAAGGGACCACCGCUGUUCCUUUCAGAGCAACGCAAGAGAAAAACAUCAUCCAAAUAGAAGGAUAUAUGCCCUUGGACUGCAUGUUUUGCAAUCAGACCUUCACACAUUCAGAAGACCUUAAUAAACAUGUCCUAAUGCAACAUCGGCCUAUCCUCUGUGAGCCAGCAGUUUUGCGCGUUGAAGCGGAGUAUCUUAGUCCUCUUGAUAAAAGUCAAGUGAGAACAGAGCCUCCAAAGGACAAGAAUUGCAAGGAAAAUGAAGAAUUUAGCUGUGAAGUAUGUGGGCAGACAUUCAGAGUGGCUUUCGAUGUCGAGAUCCACAUGAAGAAACAUAAGGACUCUUUCACCUAUGGGUGUAACGUGUGCGGAAGAAGAUUCAAGGAGCCCUGGUUUCUUAAAAAUCACAUGCGGACGCACACUGGCAAAUCCGGGGCCAAGAGCAAACUGCAGCAAGGCUCGGAGAGCCCAGCAACAAUCAACGAGGUGGUACAGGAGCACGCAGCUGAGAGCAUCUCCUCUCCUUACAAAAUCUGCAUGGUUUGUGGCUUCCUCUUUCCUAAUAAGGAAAGUCUCAUCGAUCACAGGAAGAUGCACACCAAAGAAUCUGCUUCCGGCUCCAGUAGUACACAAACAGACUCUCAGCAGGGGGGGAUGCCAUCUCCGGGGGAAGAGUUCCUGCAGUUUUUAAACUUGAGACCCACCUCUCACCCCGAAACCGGCAAGAAGCCCACAAAAUGGAUACCUCAGCUCGAUCCAUUCACCACCUACCAGGCUUGGCAGCUGGCUACCAAAGGAAAAGUCGCCGUGUGCCGAGAAGUGAAGGAACAGCCGGGCCAAGAAGGAAGUACCGACAAUGAUGAUUCGUGUUCAGAAAAAGAGGAGCUUUCCAAGACAAGUAAAAGCAGUUGCGCAGGCCUCGCACAAGAUAAAGAGAAGCCCAGACCCUCCAGUGGUGAAGUGCCUUCCGUGGAAGCGGACCCGAAGUUGUCCAGCAACAAAGAGAAGCCGACGCAUUGCUCGGAAUGCGGCAAAGCCUUCCGCACCUACCACCAGCUGGUCCUGCACUCGCGAGUGCACAAGAAGGACCGGAGGGCCGAUGCCGAGUCGCCGACCAUGUCAGUUGAUGGAAGGCAGCCUAGGACGUGUUCUCCAGACCUCACCGCCACCCUGGAUGAGAAUGGAGCCGUAGAUCGCGAAGCUGGUUCUGAGGAUGGAUCUGAGGACGGACUUGCGGAAGGGCUCCAGCUGGAUAAAAAUGAUGAUGGAGGAAAAAUAAAGCAUCUUACGUCCUCAAGAGAAUGUAGUUAUUGUGGGAAGUUUUUCCGUUCAAAUUAUUACCUCAAUAUUCAUCUCAGAACGCAUACAGGUGAAAAACCAUACAAAUGUGAAUUCUGCGACUACGCCGCGGCCCAGAAGACAUCUCUUCGCUAUCAUCUGGAGAGGCAUCACAAGGACAAGCAGAUCGAUAUUGCCGCCGAAGGCAAGACCGAUGGGAAAACCCAGGAGACCGAAGAUGCACUACUAGCCGCCGACGGUGCGCAAACCAAAAAUUUGAAAAGAUGUUUUGAUGGUGCCAAAGAUGUUAAAGGCAGCCCACCUUCAAAGCCACUUAAGGGGAUGGCCUCUACCUUUCAGAAUGUUCUGGGCAGCACUGUCCAGUCACCAGUACUCAGAGAUACUCAGGAUUUCAAUAAAAAUGCAACUGAUGCCGGUACUGAUAAAAUGGGCAAAGCUCCUGCCCCCGCGGGUUUGGACGUGUUCCCGAAGAGAGCGCCAGGUGACCCUCAGCCCCCCGAGCCCGCGCGUAGGCCGGAGGCGGGGGUCCCUGCGCGCGCGGACGGCAGUGCGGCCCACGGUGCUGACGGCGGCCCCAGGGAGGAGCAGGUGGGCCCGGCGGCCGACGGCAAGCACAGGGCCGGCGGGGACUGUCAGGAGAAACCGCUGAACCUGUCCCUCGGGGCGCUUCACGGCUGCCCCGCCAUUUCUCUGAGCAAGAGUUUAAUCCCAGGGAUCACCUGCCCGUUUUGUACCUUCAAGACCUUUUAUCCGGAGGUUCUGAUGAUGCACCAGAGACUGGAGCAUAAAUACAACCCCGACAUCCACAAAAACUGCAGAAGCAAGUCGGUGCUGCGCAGCCGGCGGACCGGCUGCCCGCCCGCGCUGCUGGGGAAGGACGUGCCCCCGCUGGCGCACUUCCCCAAGCCCCGCGCCAGGCCCACGCCCGCGCCGCCCGCCAAGGCCGCGCCCGCCGACCGCGAGCGCGGGAAGCCGGGCCCCGCCGCGCCCCCGCCGGCGCCCGCCUUCCGCCGGGCCUUCGAGCUGCCCAAGUACCACGUGGUGCGCGGCCUGCAGUCGCUGCUGCCCGCCGAGUGCGUGUGCCCGCCGCCCGCCGCGCUGCCGCCCAAGCCCCGCGCCGCGCCCGCGCCGCUCUUCGCCUGCGGGCCCGCCGCCGACGGAAAAAGGCCAGUGUCGUACCAACACUUGUCCAGCAGCAUGCUACAAAAGAGAAACUAUGAGAAUUUUAUUGGAAAUGCACAUUAUCGACCAAAUGACAAAAAAACUUGAUUUCCUAUUUUGUCUAAGAAAGGUCUUGAUGGCUGUGUGUACUGUCCGUGAAUCGAGUUCGUCCAUCCUUUGAGAAAGCAGACGGUGGAAGCCCGUGAAAUAUAAGCUGUGACCGUGCCGUGCAUGUAACACACCAGGAACACUACGGUUUUGUGACGUUGUUCUGUUAACUUUUGUACCAAAUAGCAAUAAAAACUAUAGUUGCAACAGUUGGGUUGUACACAAAUGGAGACUGGAAACCUCUAUUUUGUCCCUGAAUUAUAUUUUUUUUAGAAUCGACCAAAUAAGAAGAGUCUUUUGCCUACUUGAGCGCUGCUGGAA